AGAAAAAGAGACGAUGGGUCGUGGGAAGAUCGAGAUCAAGAAGAUUGAGAACACUACGAACAGGCAGGUGACCUAUUCCAAGAGGAGAAACGGUAUUUUCAAGAAAGCCCAAGAGCUCACUGUUCUGUGUGAUGCCAAGGUUUCCCUCAUCAUGUUCUCCAGCUCUGGAAAAUUCCACGAGUUCAUCAGCCCUAAUAUCUCAACGAAGACCUUUUUUGAUCUAUAUCAAAAGACUUUAGGGAUUGAUCUCUGGAGCUCCCACUAUGAGAAAAUGCAAGAAAACUACAGAAGGCUGAAGGAGAUCAACAACAGGCUCAGAAGAGAGAUCAGCAGGCAAAGGAUUGGUGAAGAUUUGGACGAUCUUAACAUCAAGGAACUGCAAGCUCUUGAGGCAAAGAUGGCUUCUUCCUUGGAGGCUGUACGUCAAAGAAAGUACCAUGUCAUUAAAACCCAAACCGACACAUACAAGAAGAAGGUAAGGAACUUGGAGCAAAGACAUGCAAAUCUUGUGCUCGACUUGGAGGCAAAGCUUGAGGAUGGAAUAGUUGAAAACGAAGCAUAUUAUGAAUCAGCGAUGGGGCUGGCAAAUGGAGCCUCUAACUUAUAUGCUCUUCGCCCGCACCAAAACCACCAGGCUAAUCUUCUUUACCAUGGGGGAAGAUUUGGACCCAAUGACCUGCGCCUUGCUUAGAUGGUGGUUCCUUCCCUGGCUAGGUCACCUUUUCCAAGCUCUCAGACAAUGAAUAUUGCUAACUAAGAUGAGCUAGGAAAAAAUAAUUCAGAGUUCUACCUACAGACAUAUCCCAUCUCUUUCUUGUUUGCUUACAGCAUGAAUGGUCUGAAAGUAGUAAGACUCUCAUUGCCUUAAUUCUGUGACAACUUGGUGCAACUGUGUGCCCUUUUGAUCUAAUAUCUAAACUUAUAUGUUUGUUGUAUUUGCAUUUUAUUAAACUCUUAAUACUUAUCCUAAUGUUGCUUAUGUUAUCAUAAUAAAAAAAUUAUGUAAGAAUCCA